CUGGAAUUCUUUUCGUUUUACUUUCAGCUCAUUUCCGUUCAUUUCGUUCACUGAAUAUUUAUUUUCAACGCUUCAAUUAUUGAACCAAUUUCCCCCCUUUCCCCACGCACCAGGUACGUGCCCUAUUGUAAUUUCACUGUUACAUUUUAAACUGGCACAUUUUUGACCCAUUUCGCACAUUCACAUUCACAUUCAAAUUCAAAUUCAGAGGUAUCAAUUAAAUCUACUCAUUUUGCUUUCCUUUUACACAAUAGAAACAUGUCUGCCACUCCCGAGACCACCGCCGCUCCCGUCGUCGACCAGUUCCCCAACAAGGUUUUCGUCGGCAAUCUGUCGUUCAAGACCACUGAUGGGCAACUCAAGGACUUUUUCUCCGACGUCGGAGAGGUCAAGGAGGCGCGCAUCAUCACCCGCGGUCCCCGUUCCCUGGGCUACGGUUUUGUGUCCUUUGCUGAUGAGGACACUGUGAACAAGGCUGUUGCGGCGAAGAACCAGCAGGAGCUUGACGAGCGCACCAUCAAUGUCGAGUCUGCACGCCCCAUGACCAAGGCCUCGCAGGAGGAGCGCACGGCCAAGCCGGCGCAGCGUCGCCAGCCCCGUCGCAGUGGCGAGCGCAAGGAGCCCAAGGCCCGUGUUGAUGCCGUCGUGGAGGCUGUCAAGCCCGAGGCCCAGGAGGGCUCGAGCCGCCGCAAUGCCCCCCGCCGCCAGCGCCGCUUCCCUAAGCGCGAGAAGCCCGCCGACACUGCUGAGGCCAACGCCAACACCAAGCCCUCUGAGACCGUUGUCUUUGUCGGCAACCUACCGUUCUCGACCACAGACGAGGAGCUCAGCAAGCUGUUUGCUGACUUUUCGAUCUCAUCGGCCCACGUUGUUAUUGCGCAGCGGACUGGCAGAGGAAAAGGCUACGGAUUUGUCACCUUCUCUAACAACGGUGAGCAGACCAACGCUAUUUCGAAGUUUGUUGCCGAGCCCAUUGUUGUUAACGAGCGCGUGCUGACCAUCAGCCCUGCCGUCAACGAGACCCCGACCGCCGCUGCCACCGAUGCUGCCACUUCCACUGCCCCUGCCACUGCCACCGAGUCGGCGCCCGAGACCCAGGCCUCCGCCUAAGCUGGAGCGGCGUCUGUUUAGUGACCAAACAAGGGUAGAGGAGCAUUUGCAGCGGCUUCAGCAGCGGCAAGACUAUUUUGUGCUGUGUAUGUACUCUUUUGAAUAGCUGAAACUGUUGGUCUCAGCUGUUAAUUAUAUUUUUGUUUGCUUUGCCUUGCUUUUGUUCUGCUCAUAGUAUUGCCUUUUUUUGCUUUACCCGAAUACACUCCAAAUAACUACAUUGUAACAAA